UUGUUCGUUCAUGUGUAAUUCAGCGUGAACUGAUGCCAGAAACCAGACUUCGCAGCUCUUAGGGGGUUUUAGACACGAAUAAGGAAGCGAGUUAUAAUAAAUUCUAGUUUUAGGAAAGCGCCACAAAGCUCAACACUAACAUGAAGUUGACGGCUGCAGCGGAGCGCUUCUAACGAGAGGGACGAUUUUGAAGUUUGUUGGAACAAGAGACACUCGGAUUAUCAAAAGCGCAUUUUCUUCAACGCUUUUUGGGAGGACGAAAACAAAGUGCAUAUUAAAAGAAAGCCAGUCUCUCACUGUUUAAUUCUUUGAGAGUGAUCCCACCACCUUUUGACUUCUUUCCAGACUGCGUACAAAUAACGGCAGGCGAUGGUGAACAGCCGUGUGGAAAGCACCGCCGUUGCGGUAACAGGAGGUAGCGGCGGGGCAGUGCGCUCCUGUGCAGGCUGUGGAGGUCGGAUCUCAGAUCGCUUCCUGCUCUUCUCCAUGGAUCGGUACUGGCACACGCGUUGCCUCAAGUGCUCCUGCUGCCAGGCUCAGCUAGGAGAAAUCGGCAGCACCUGCUUCAGCAAAGGAGGAAUGAUCCUCUGCAGGAACGAUUACAUCAGGUUGUUUGGUCACAGUGGAGCCUGCAAUGCCUGUGGACAGUCAAUCCCUGCCAGUGAGAUGGUGAUGAGGGCCCAGGGUAACGUCUACCAUCUAAAGUGUUUCACUUGUGCCACAUGUCGAAAUCGCUUGGUGCCUGGUGACAGAUUUCACUAUGUCAAUGGCACCAUCUUUUGUGAACAUGACCGACCAGGUGGAGCUUUGCUCAGUAGUCACCUGACCCCCCUGCAGAGCAACACCCUCCUACCCGACCAAAAGGUGUGCUGAGAAAACAUGGAUUUAUAAUUUGCGGUGUGCCUUUUCUUCGUAUUUUUCCUCACAUCUUUCCUUCAAUCUAUCAUUGUGAAAGUCCACCCACAGCCAGGAUCUUCCACCCCACUUUCGUGCAUCCAGCCACCUUAGAAGACGGAUUCAGAACUACGCAAGUACUGUGAGUCACUUGCGAGACAAUCACCCCUGACGAGGGAAACGUAAUCAUAUUGAAGAAAGUCACAGAAUCGGGAAAUCAUCAUAUGCACUCUUAUUUGGUCUGUCUGGUCAUGGCUGGGAUGGCCCGACCCUGAAAGGCUUAGACUCUUAAAGAGCAGCUAAUUAAUGCUGGGGUGAUGCUCAACAUGAUUUUAUUCCCUUUUGAGAAGUUUCUCAAGAAAUGUUGUGGACUUUACCUGACAUUUUGGUCUGCGGGGGUCUGUGAAUUAUGAUAGAUAUCACUACUUGCCCACAAAAUGACAUCCAUAGAUCAAAAGACUGUUAAAACUCGCAGUUUGUUUCAGUGGUGGUUGCCUUUUGCUUACAGGCUCUUUUCACUUUAAGUGUAAUUUUAUUCGAUCUUUUUUUAAAAUGCUCUGUCGUCUUUGGUGCCUAAAAAAACUUCUUAUUUCCAGUUUGUCCACCUUUUAUCACUAGCAAGUAAUCAUGCACAUGCACAGUACAGAUGUGAACAUGUAUUGUUUUGUCUAUUCGAGUUUAUGACAUAUGAAGCGUAGACUGAGUCGUAGACUGCAGAGGAAACAGCAUGUUUUUUUUCCAUGG